CGGAUCAUAUUAGUUUUACUUUAAAUACUUCAUCCCUAAAAUCUGUUUGAGCCUUAUGUCGGUAAUCAGGAAAUUACCCUUGAUUUGUCAGUAAUUCUGAAUCACAGUACAUUUUCGUUUACCUGGCAGUGAAGGGUAUUUAACGAGGACAUUGUCCACCUAUUGGCGACUAGAAUGGCUUGACCAUUAAGGAUAUAGUUUCGUCCUGGCGGUCAUUCGCCUCUGAAGAAUUGUGGUCAAGCCUGUAUGUUAUGUUAUUAUUGGGUAACAUUCAAUUGUACCGCAACUGAUGAAAAUCUCUGGUUCAAAGUCCUGAUAUUAUUUAUUGUUUAAAUGAGUUAUGUCUUUUUCCAAUAUGUAUAUAUAAAUCGUAUCCAUUGCUAGUUUUGUAUCAGUUAAUGCAUUGCUACAGAAGUGUUCUCAUUUCGACUGAACUGGAAUUAAGUUACUUACAUUGAAAAACCUGGAUUAUACCUUACAACUAUAUUAGUAUGCUUAUUUGUUGUGUGUCGGUUUAAAUUUCAAACAAUUAACUAGCUUAAGUUUAUCAAUAUUUCAUUUUGUGGAUAUUUCUGGAAACUAAAAAGUCGGAAAUUUGAAAUAAUGGAGUGUUCACUUGGAAGUUCCGACCUUGACCCCAGUGUAAAGAUGGCAUUUGAGGCUUCGAAAGAUACGAAGACCAUCAUGCCGAUUCUAAAAGAAGAGUUAAAGUUGACUAUCCUUAAUAGAAGAUACAAGACUGGGAAAGGGGAGAUAACCCUGGAUGAAAAGAAGCCGACAAUCAAAAGGGAGCUGACAGAAGAAGAAGUCAAAAAAAAAUUAAGACGAAAGGAACAAAAUCGUCGGGCGGCGGAGAGAUGUCGCGUUAAAAAGAAACACUUGAACGAACAGCUGGCUAUUGACUUCAUCAAUGAACAGAGGAGAACCAGUCAACUAGCGAUGGAGAUAGAGAAAUUAAAAGUAGAAAAGGAAAUGCUACAAAAACUCUUAGAGGAACAUUCUUUUACAUGCGCACGUGCCAUCACACCGUCACCGUCUUAUGACAGUAACACUACAUUUUUCAGUAAUGGCCCGUACACGUGCCCAACGCCCGGUAUUCCUAAUGAAAUGCCCAUGCCUGUGAGAGAUACAGCUACUCCAGGACUGGCGGAUCCAUUUGACGAUUACGCCCCUUUGAACCAGGAACAGGACUUUCUCAUGUAUCCCGGCAUACCGUCGUCCAGUGAGAUAAAGACGGCAUUUCCCACAUGCACCGUUUCUGCAGGGGAAUUACCGGAAAUCCAGCUUCCAGACGACUUUUCAGAUUUUCCACCCGUGUCGCCGGAUGUAGCACUUGGACGCCAGUCAAUCAGUGAAUAUUUAGACGAAGAACCUUUUCUCAAUUUAUGACUUUUUACACAUAGAAACAAAUGUUUUUCAUAUUCUAAUGUGUAACAUUGUUUUCAUUUAACUGACACUAAUUUCAUAUCAACACUGAUCAAACUUUAAAAGGAAGAUAAAAGGGUUUUGAUACUUUGCCAAAAGAACGAAUACAGACGUUCAACAUAUAGUGCGUAUUGAAACUUGUGGUUCUGGACAUGUAUAAUCAAUAAAACUGUGUUAUUUCUUGGACAUUUUCGGGUCUGAUCCACAUACUGUACUAAAUAUAUUUUGUCUUUUUUGGAUUUAGAAACGUGGGUACAAACGGUUUAGAUAGGAACAUUUCUAUAAACCUUUAGUGAAAGUAUGUUAAAACAAAAACAGAAAGUUGGGCAGGAAUAGUUUUGCUAUAUCAGUGGCGAGUUAUUCAAUAAGGAAGUUAACAUUUUCAGUGUAUUUGAAAGAAAAGUUCGGGGACUGCUGUUCAGUCUUUUGGGCAUUUGGUGCAGAUAAUUUGUUAACUUUAUUUGGAUACCGACGGUAUACGAACUGUUUUAGAAUAUUGUGUCUGCUGUUGGCUCGAGCCAAGCUUAGCUGAACACUUUUGAGGGUGGUUUUCAUGAGCGUUCAAAGUCAUAAAUUUGGUCUUUUCAGUUUUAUACAUUUUUUGCAGGAAUGCACUUUUUACGAAAAAAGUGAAAAUUUUGAUUCUGCGGCAAGCUACGGGUGAAGGAAAUUCCGUAAGGACAGUAAAAGUGGUUUGUCUCUUAGAUUGAAAACUUACGUAAGAAAUUAUUUUUGGCUUUGAACGCUGAUUGAUAAGGACCGAGCUGAACCAAACACGAAACCUGCAUUUCUGCAUUUCCUUGAUAAAACAGACGAUAAAUUUAUCCUCAAUAUUUGUGGUGUUCGUCCUCUUGGGUGUUUGGGGACAAUCAGUUUUCGAAUAGUGAUCUCAAAUAUAACAUUAAAAAAUUCAAGAACCACUGAUAAAUAUUCCGCAUUUUGAUGAUGGGUGUGUAUACAAAAAAAAUGUGAUUUGCAUAUAACUUACAGCGUGAUGUUAUUCCGACUAAAAAGCUAUCUUGUAAUUAUGCUUGUAUAAUUCCGUAAUCUGCUAAUAUAUUCAGGACAAAUUUUGCCUGAUAUUAACAUUGUGAUGUUUUUUGACUACACUUGUGCAUGUAUCAUUCAGCAUUUUCAUAGUGCAUGUAUUUUUUUAAAUGCAUGUGAAAUUUAAAAUAUGACAGGUUUUGUCCAUUUUUGUGUAAAUUGCGCUGGUAUACUCAGUCUAAAAUGCCUCGUAUAUAUAUAUCUCAUGAGUCCAUUUUAAAAUGUGGCAUGUUUAUAUGUGGUUCUUGGAUUAUUAGGAGUAUUUUUGCAUUAUAUUCCUCAUUAUCAUCUUAUUUGUAACCAAGUUAAUCAUCUUUUUUGUGUUAUUAUUUUGUUUGUGUAUAAUACCGUUCAAUCAUGGCGACACAGCCUUCCUGAUUCAUUUGGCAUUAAAUCAGAUAUACAGGGUGUGGGUGUAAGUUUCGUUGUGGUUUAAAACGGACAGUCCAAGGAACAUAAAGCUGCUCUUUUUUAUAAGUGGUUAAAGAAAUGCAUGAACUUUGGCACGUAGGAACGCAUUUUCAUUUUCCAAAAAUACUUGAGUGGUAGUCGCUAGCUUUUUUUUUCAUUUCGAUGUUAGAGACUAUCCUGUUGUUUUGCAAUUUCUCACCGAAAGGUAUUUUUUUUCUGUUGCUGGUUUAUAAGAUAUAUAUUGAGGUAAGACAAAACUUCACGCACCCCCUGUAUAUUGUCAUAUCUAUGACUCUGGCUUGUCACUUAGAUUAUUACGCACUUCAUAAACCCCGAAAGGUUGUCUAUAAAUUUGAUAAUUAGGUCUUGUGUGGUUGAAGAAAUUACGUCUCAAUAUAUUAACUUCAACCGGGCGAAUUGCCAUUGGUUCGUAUUUGAAUAAUAACAAUUUGAGAUAAAGGACUUCAAAAAUAAACCCUAGACUAAAUAUCCAAUCACAAAAUUCGACGCAGAAUACCGCCUACUGUUUUUGACAUUGAUCGUCAGGUUUCCCAAUAUUUAAGUAAAUGAUAUAUAACGAUUUUAAAUCUAAAGGUCUCGUGACAUGUACAUAUAUUUAAAACGAUAACAUUAAAUUGCGUGUUCAACCCAUGUAAUAUAUCUUAAGUGAAAAAAUAGAACAUAGGUGAUAGUCUAUUGUGCAAUGUUCUUUUUUAAGGAAUAUAAGUGUACAUAACAUAGUUUACAAAAUUACAUUCUUUAUAUUAAUAUUUCAUACUCAUGUGGUUAUUUUGAAUCAUACUAUAAGACAUUUCAGAUGUUUGAAGCUAUCAAAUAUUUUAUAUUUUCUAAAUUUGAAACCUCCUUAAUCUACACUUCAACAAAAAAAUACUCUUAGAUGUUCAUAAAUAACUCAUGGGUAUGCCGUUACCUUAAUAGAUCAAAAAUAGAAGUGCUAUUUCGAAAUUGCAAUGAACUAUAAAAAAAACUAAGUGGUUAACCGUGAACAGAAGUAUUGGAACCACUGACUUAUGCUCAAAUACCCAUGGAUGAAAUCCAUGUUUUAGUGCACUGUUUAGAUGGGCUAGUGCAAAACAAUUGUAUCGUCUUCAUUUUAUAUUGAUCGCAAUAGUUGAGCACUCAGACCAUAGGUAAUUAUUUUUAGUUUUUUAGCUUUACAGGUUUCUACAUCUGUCGCUUCAAAUCAAGCAGAAAAACAGUCAGUCAAUCGCAUGUGUUCAAUAAGAAUGAAAGUAUGUCAAUACCACAAUAAAAUAUAGAAAAUGUACUAAUGUAUUUCUUUGUGUAGAUAUAAGUUUCAUCACGAAACACUCAUCAGAAGUCGAUGAAAACCACGGCCUAUCCUCCAGUUGUACUUUUUAGCUUUCUUUCAGAAAGUGGUAGGAAUAUUUUAUACUUGUAUUAAAGUGUUUUCAACAAAAAAGAAGGAUAAUUAGAUAUGGAGUACACUUCUAUAAUGAAAUAAAAAGGUAUAUUUUUCGCAUUUCUUUUAGAGCAGUUCAAUAUAUAUUUUUACAAGUAUAUUUUUAGGGACAAUUCAUUUUGACUAUACCCUGUUCGGUACGUGUAAAGUGUAACAGUUCAUUUCGUGCACUUUUAUCAAAUAUACAUGUAGACAUAUUUACGUAUAUGCAAUCGCAUUAAUUUUUAUAGAUAUGAAAAUGGUUUCAGUUAAGUAUACGCUUCUUUGAUUCAGUGUUUUGUUUUUUUUGUUUUUUUUUUCCAAAAUGGAUCGAUUAUUUAGGUGUUUUAACGAAUAGAACUUUGGGUCAGAAAAAAAACAAACUAAAUCACAUGAUGAUUAGUUUCAUAAGGGACAUGUAUAAUCUCACAGUAGCGAUAAUUUAAUGAUUGUUUUUUAAUGAUUGUUUAAUUAGUAAAAAUAACUCGCAACACAUUGUUUUAGUUUCCUUUUUACGUUUUUAAAUUUAGAACAUGGAAAGAAUUGAAAAGAUAUUUUUGAAAAUUUAUCUUUGAUUAAUAUCUUUACAUUAAAGUUUCAUAAUUUCUUUUAUCUUUUUUUUUUCUAAAAAUUAAAACAAAAAUAACCCUGUAUGAAUUUUCUUUGAAAUAUUUAAGGGUAGUUGCAUAGAAAAUAUAUAGAAAACCUGAUGAAAAAUGAAAUAGUUGCGAUAACUUAAACUUAAUUUAUUCAGAAAAAGAGGUGACAUUUGUUAAUUUGUAUGAAGUUGUAAGUGAAAUAUGAAGGGUGAAUCUCAUUCUUUGUCAGGCAAAAUCUCUCAUGGACAACAAACCCCACCCUCCCCCCUUCUUACUUUUUGAUUAUACAAACAAAGGUAGAAAAGCAUGUCAUUUGGCAUUUUUGGAUUAGAAAAAUAAAAUACAAAAAAUAUCAACAGCAAUUUAUAUCAUUUUACUUUUUUCAAAAACUUUUCUCUUUUUUUAAUUUAAGCACAUUUAUGUUUUAAAAAAGAAACUUUUGUUGGUCGAGGGAGGGGUUUAUUUUCCGGAAAUGAUUUUGUCCUGAUACCCAUUUUACCAAUUAAUUUUUGUACACCAUAUCUUAAGGUGAUAGAAAACAAUGAAAAAAGUCGAAAUAUUUAAUAUUUGAAAUAUUCUUUUAGAAAAAAAAAUAUGUUUAUAGAAAUGUAUUGUUUUUGUACAUACAAGAAUUGUAAUAAUCUACUAAUUGAUUUCGUUUUUCACGUGUUUUCUCUUGCCUUAAUUGGUUAUGUUUCAGUAUAAAGGAUUGUUCUGGGAUAUUUGAAUUUAUGUUAAAAAUAAUGAAAAUGAUGAAUAAACAUGGACAAAUUUUGAA